AUGGCCAUCUUAACUGCUCUGCUGAAAGGCACAAAUGCCUCCGCUCCAGAUCAGCUGAGUUUGGCUUUGGCCUGGAACCGUGUGGAUAUUGCUCGAAGUCAGAUCUUUGUUCAUGGACAACACUGGCCUCCUGCUGGGUCUCUGCCCACCUCAUCCACAGGUCAGCAGGACAAACCAAAGAGCCCCAUUGCCACUCGUGUCAGCAAAGGUAAACCUGCCAGGGGCAAGAAGGGCAAAGGUGCCAAAUCAAAACCUGAGCCACCGGAGGAGACAGACCCUAGAAAACUAGAGCUGCUGAACUGGGUUAAUUCUCUGGAGCAGGCCAUGAUGGAUGCACUCGUGCUUGACAGAGUGGAUUUUGUGAAGCUCCUCAUUGAAAAUGGCGUCAACAUCCACCAUUUCCUCACAAUCCCACGGCUUGAAGAGCUUUAUAACACACCCAAAGCCUUGAAACUUCUGGGUAUGGAGGACGAUGACCCAAGACCUAAAGGCAAAAAAAAGAUGAAGAAGAAGAAAGAGGAGGAGAUCGACAUCGAUGUUGAUGAUCCCGAGGUCAGUCGCUUCCAGUACCCUUUCCAUGAGCUGAUGGUGUGGGCAGUGCUGAUGAAGCGGCAGAAGAUGGCGCUGUUUCUCUGGCAGAGGGGCGAGGAGGCCAUGGCCAAAGCUCUGGUGGCCUGCAAACUCUACAAAGCCAUGGCGCACGAAUCCUCACGGAGCGAGCUGGUGGAUGACAUCUCGCAGGAUCUGGACAAUAACUCAAAGGAUUUUGGUCAGUUAGCCUAUGAGCUGCUUGAUCAGUCAUAUAAGCAUGAUGAGCACAUGGCCAUGAAGCUGCUGACAUACGAGCUGAAGAACUGGAGCAACUCCACCUGUCUGAAGCUGGCUGUAGCUGCCAAACACAGAGACUUCAUAGCUCACACCUGCUCACAGAUGCUGCUCACUGACAUGUGGAUGGGCUGCCUGCGGGUCGGCAAGAGCAAUGGACUCAAGGUGAUCCUCGGAAUCAUUUUCCCUCCAGCCAUCCUUCUUCUCGACUUCCGAACUGGAGAUGAUCUGUCUUAUCAGAACUCUAAAGACAAAGAGGAGAUUAAAGACAAAGACGACGAUACCAAAUCGACCAAGGAUGGCACCGUGAGCAUGGAUGCAACAUCCAAGAAAGGUGAUGAGGAAGAUGGUAAAAAGAAUCAGAAGAGACUGCCUGUUGGAAAGAAAAUUUACUAUUUCUUUAACGCUCCGUAUACCAAGUUCUGGUUCAAUACGACUGCCUACCUAGUAUACCUGAUGCUGUAUAACUACAUCAUCCUGGUGAAAAUGGAGAGAUGGCCGUCAUUGCAGGAAUGGAUCGUCAUUUCCUACAUCAUCACUCUUGGACUAGAGAAAGUUAGACAGAUCCUGAUGUCAGAGCCAGGAAAGCUGAAACAGAAGAUAAACGUUUGGCUUGAGGAGUACUGGAACAUCACUGAUCUGGCUGCCAUAACCACCUUCCUCAUGGGCCUGUUGCUGCGCUUGCAGAACGAGCCCUACAUGGGCUAUGGUCGCGUCAUCUACUGCGUGGACAUCAUUUUCUGGUACAUCCGUGUACUUGACAUCUUCGGAGUAAACAAAUAUCUGGGACCGUACGUCAUGAUGAUUGGAAAAAUGAUGAUCGACAUGCUGUAUUUUGUGGUGAUCAUGCUGGUGGUCCUCAUGAGCUUCGGCGUGGCGCGUCAGGCCAUCCUGCACCCGGACGAGGAGCCGACGUGGCGUCUGGCGAGGAACAUCUUCUACAUGCCAUACUGGAUGAUCUAUGGAGAAGUGUUUGCUGACUCGAUAGACCCGCCCUGUGGAGAAAACAUGUAUGAUGAAGAUGGAAAAAAGCUUCCUCCGUGUAUACCUGGUGCAUGGCUCACACCUGCCAUCAUGGCCUGUUAUCUACUAGUAGCCAACAUCCUACUAGUCAACCUGCUCAUCGCUGUGUUCAAUAACACAUUCUUUGAAGUAAAAUCCAUCUCCAACCAGAUCUGGAAGUUUCAACGCUACCAGCUCAUCAUGACGUUUCACGACAGACCAGUUCUUCCUCCUCCACUCAUCAUCUUCAGCCAUAUUUACAUCGUGUUGAAGCGCCUAUGCUGCCGCUGCCUGAAGAAACAAGAAGGAGAGCUGGAUGACAGAGACCACGGCUUGAAGCUGACUCUGAGUGCUGAGGAGCUGAAGAGUCUGUAUGAGUUUGAGGAGCAGAAUGUGGAGGAGUAUUUCAGAGAGAAGGAGGACGAGGUGCAGUCUUCCAAUGAUGAGCGCAUCCGAAUCACUUCCCAGAGGGUGGAGAACAUGUCGAUGCGCCUGGAGGAAGUAAAUGAGCGGGAGCACACUAUGAAAGCCUCUCUGCAGACAGUAGACCUGCGCUUGGCUCAGCUCGAGGAGUUCUCCGGCCGCAUGAUGCACGCGCUGGAGCGACUGGCUGGCAUCGACCGAUGCGAUCUGGUACGGACUCGAUCUGGGAGUUCAAUGGCCGUCGAUCAGUCCGGUUUGCUUCGUCGGGGAAGCGUCACCAGUGCUGAUGGGUACAGUUUGUACCGCUGGCACCUGGAUGCCGAAGAACGUGGUGAUGAGGUCAGGGGGCAGGGAACAGAGAGACGAGGCAGUAUUGGCAUCACUGACCUCCAAAACCCACAGCACGUCUCUUCCUAUGGUCCCACAUUGGACGUCUUGCCACUUCGACAAAGGACACAUUCCAGCUCUAGUGUGGACAUCCUGAUCUCUCCUUGCGAAUCAUUCCCGCCACAAGACGGAGGCCAGAACUUUCAAUCCCCAACACGCUCCUCUUCUCAGCUCACAAAAGAUGCACACGCUCUGCUAGAAUCUAGAAUAGACACAGCAGUUUCACAUCCUCUUGAAAGGGCGCAGUCCUUGAGGCAGUACCCGAAUGAAGCUCAAAAUAACUCGCUUUCACAUGAAAAUAGAUCCCAAAGCGGUACCUUGUAUGUAUCGAUGGCGCAAUCAAAAUUGAGCAGUCCUGGAAACACUUGGGCUUCAGAGCCUUAUGGCCUACAGGAUCAAGCAAACAGAUCCCCAACACUGGGUCGAUGGCCUCCACGCUUUGAUUACAAAGUUCAUCCCUCCCCUUUCGGCCAUUCACCCAAGACAUCUUCAGAGAAAUUGAGACAGGUGGAGGACCAAGAUAGAGAAGAUUCUUCUAAGGAGAGCAAGAGGACAAACAGCCAACAAGUGGGAAGUGAGGAGAAGAACAAAGACGAGGAUGAGAUACAGGCGAAUAACGAAAGCACCAAAACAGAGGAAGUAGACGAUAAGAGAGAGGAGCUGACAGACUCGGAUCGCUUGUAUGUAGCAGAGGACAGGAUGUACCCCGCACUCAGAUCCAAGAGUCUGAACGCUAACCCACGAAAGGUGAAGGCCACAGGGGACAUCCUGGAUAAACCUCGAGCUGCUAGUAGUGUGAGAGACCUGGCAGGGGCCUUUGAAGUUAACACCAAUGACCAUAGACCCUCCAGAGAGAGGAGUGGCACACAGACAUGA